CUCAUCUAUUUUGAGGAGAAACCACAGACUCAUUUUUGCCUUGUGGGAGGAACAUGAGCCCCUUGCAUCAGAGGGGGAAACCAGUGAGAUCAGCCACAAAAACCUGAGAGAGAGAUGCAGAGGAGAAUACAGAAGCCAGACACUGAACCAAAGUCAUUCUUCCAAUUCAAGAGCUACCAGAAGGAUCUGCGACGCCCAGCUCUCUGCUGCCAAACGCGCUGGGUGAGGAAAAUGCUGCCCGUUUGCCUUCUUCUUGCUGCUGUGUGUCUGCAGGGGAGCCUGCUGCAGGAGGCUGGGACCAGGGAGCAGAGAAAGCCAUUCUUUGAAAGGUUUAGACGACUCGAGGAGCAGUUUCGUCGGUUUCAGGAGGUGACACUGCUGCAUCUCCAGGGGAUCGCCGGGAACUACAACAUUUCCUACAACAUCGACACCAGGUUCCGGCACCUGGCGGAUCAGUACGACACCAUCGCGGCUGCUCUCAACGCGUCGCAUGCCGCCCUGCAGGAGGACCUGGGCUCUUUGAAAAUCUGGAUGAAGAAGCUACAGAAAAGAACCAAAAAGCUAAACUCUAAACUCUCCUCGUUGGCUGAGUCCCUGAGCGAAAGCCGCAAGCAGAACUCUGGGGAGAGGCUGCAGCAGAGCGCUCUCCUGUCCAACCUAACCCUGCAGACUGCAAGCCACGUGGCAGACCUCACCACCCUGCACACCGGCAGGAACACCCUACAGAAAGAGCUGGAGAGCCUGCGGGAGGCCAGUAGGAGCCAGGGAACCAAACUGGAAGUUCUGGAGCAGUGGCUGAAGAACACGCUGCACAAGGAGAUCCUGGCAUCUGGGCACCAUGAGCUGGCUGCGGCCCAACAACUGAACCAGACACCCCAGGACAAGCUGCUGGAGGCAGAGGGAAGCCAGGGACACAGCACGAAGAAGCUGCAUGCCAAGCACAAACAAAGGAAGAAGCUGGAGGAGAAGAGGCAGCAGGUCCUGGCCCAGGCUGCAAAGAGAGGGCUGCAGAGUAGCCUGUUCCAUGGCAAUAAGACCCCCGGGCAGAAGAGACAGCCAGAGACCCCCACUGUGCCAGAGCCACAAGAUGCCAGGCAGCAGCUCCUCAGGGUGGCCCAGAUCUCACAAGAGCAGCUGCAGUCACCAUCACCCAAGAAGCCAGGCACAAUUUGCAAUGUGGAUUCCAUGCUGCUUUUCCCCAAUGCUUCCACUGAAAACUUCGCCACCUUUGGCCAGGGUUUCCAGACUGGCCUGCACGAGCUGUCAGUCUGCAGCUGGGUGAGCACCCAUGCUCACUCCCUGGGCACCAUCCUGUCCUACGCCACAGAGGAGAAUGACAACAAGCUUGUCCUGCAUGGCCGGAACACCGCGGCCCCAGCCUCCAUUCACUUCGUCAUCGGUGACCCAGCUUUCCGGGAGCUGCCAGUGGGGCGGGUACUGGACGGCGGAUGGCACCACAUGUGUGUCAUCUGGUCCUCCAUCCAGGGCAAGUACUGGUUCUACGUGGACAGAAGACUAGCAUCCAUGGGCUCCAAGUUCCAGGAGGACUAUGAGAUCCCCCCUAGUGGGUCGCUUGUUCUGGGUCAGGAGCAGGAUGUGGUCGGGGGUGGGUUUGACCCCUCAGAAGCCUUUGUGGGACGCCUGGCUGGCUUUGCUAUCUGGAACCGCACUCUGAUGCCUGGGGAGGUGUCCAGCAUAGCGAUCGGGAAGGGCCUGCCCCAUGGCACCAUCCUGAGGCUGGCUGAUGUCUCCUCCCUGAAUGGAUCAGUGCAGAAGGUGAAUUGCACCUGCCUGGAAUACUGUUUGUAAACCAAGAACGCCCAUCCCGGGCUGUCUCCAGCAAUACAGACUGUGGGCAGCCCGGAGUCCAAAUGCCGCCGGGCAGUUAUCGACAUCAGCUUGUGAUGCCUGUGAGCCAGAACACUUCCUCCACCCUGCUAAAUAGGCAAAAUGCUCUUUUCUCCAUCGGAUAAGAGGUUAGGGGCUCUACUCACACAGCCAUUGCCAUGGAGAUCCCGAGAGGCAUAAAAGCAUCACUCAAUGCUUCCCAUGCCAAUUUAAUGGAAACUUCUUCAUGUGAUUGCUCAUGUCUCCUCACUGAGUCCAGAAAUCAGUGCAGCUGUGUUGAGGGUCCAGCCAUGCUGAGAUGACUGUGUCCAAAGGGAUAAUCAGCCAGAGGCUGGCUCAUAUCAAUACCCGACCUCGGUGUAUUAUUGCUUUUCCUCCUGCGUGCUUUUCCAGACCCUUAGCAAAGACCCAGCAAUCGUUUCUCCCACCAGUGAAAUGCAGCCAGCUCUGGGAAUGAUUGGGGCAGGGGGGCAUGGCAGCUGUUCA